AUGGAGGAACGGGAGCAGGAGUGGGAAGGGGAUCGAGAUCGGGAGGGUCCGUGGGAUAGGAAUACAGCUCAAAAAUCUCAGCCUUCAAAAUCUCAUUUCUCCCUCUUUGCAGUGAACCUAACUUUUGAUACCACGGAAGAAGAUCUUCUUCAUAUUUUCGGCCGAUUUGGGAAAAUACGGGAUGUGUUCAUUCCAUGGAAUCUGCAUCUCAAUCGAUCUCGUGGAUUCGCUUUCAUCCGUUUCUGUUAUGAACAGGAUGCUCUCAAUGCAAUCCAACAUUUUCAUGAAAGAAGGAUUAAUGGUAGGGUGGCUCAUAUUGCUUGGGCGAAAGGGCAAUUUGGCACCCAGGUAGCAAUGCCAUCAAUUUCUUACCCUGAAUACCAGCAGCAAAAGCCCGACAUGGAUCGACCGUUUAUGGAUGCAGUUACCAGAUCAAAACCGUGA